AAGGAAGAGACAAAAUAGUGUAAAGAGAAAGAGAUAUGGGUAUUUGUAUGGGUGGACAAGUAUGUUGAGUAGUAUUAUUUAUGUAGAAAAAACAUCAAAUGAUUGAGGAAUAAAAAGAGAGGUGUAGCAAAUUUUUUACUCAUAAGUUUAUUGUUUUCUUCUCUUUUAUCUAAGGAUUGUUGCUGUCUCCUUAGAUACAAAUUCUUCUUGGUGUUUUCUGGGUUUAUUCUCAAAAGCUUUUUUCAAAGAGACAAGAAAGCAAGGAAAAUUCAGAUUUGCAUCAAGAAAACAUGGCUGCUGCUUCAUCAUCUACACCUUUCUUGGAAAUCAGACAAGAAAAUCAAAGUCAGAUUACUCAACAACAUCAAUCUUCCACAGAUGCUUCAUCAACUGCUGCUCAACCUUUAGUUCCUCAGAAAAAAAGAAGAAAUCAACCUGGAACACCAUAUCCAGAUGCAGAGGUGAUAGCACUAUCUCCAAAGACCCUAAUGGCAACAAACAGAUUUGUAUGUGAAGUGUGUCAAAAAGGGUUUCAAAGGGAGCAAAAUUUACAACUACAUAGAAGAGGACACAAUUUGCCUUGGAAGCUAAAGCAAAAGAGUAACAAAGAGCCAAAGAGAAAGGUUUAUUUGUGUCCAGAACCAACAUGUGUUCACCAUGACCCUUCAAGGGCUCUUGGUGACCUCACUGGAAUUAAGAAGCACUUUUCUAGAAAGCAUGGUGAGAAAAAGUGGAAAUGUGAAAAGUGUUCUAAGAAAUAUGCUGUUCAAUCUGAUUGGAAAGCUCAUUCUAAGACUUGUGGUACUAGGGAGUAUAGAUGUGACUGUGGCACUCUCUUCUCAAGGCGUGAUAGUUUCAUCACUCAUAGAGCAUUUUGUGAUGCACUAGCACAUGAAAAUGCAAGACACCCUUCAAACAUGAACCCUUUGGCAACUCAUCUAUUUUCCACAAACCACAUGAGUUUAGGUCUAUCCCAAAUAAGCACCCAACAAGGAGCCACAAACAACAACAUAUUAAGCCUAGGUAACAUUCCUUGUACACCAAAAUAUGAACAUCAUUUAAUCUCACCUUUACAUCAAUCUUCAUCAUCAUCAUUUGGUCAACAACAACAACAACAAUCAAUGUCUUCCUCACCUUUCUUCAUCACUGAUCCAAAUCAAACUUUCCAACAAGACCUUCAUCAAGGACAAUUCUCAAACAAACAACUUCAUCUUCAUCAUGGUCUCAUGCAACUUCCUGAUCUUCAAGGAAAUACCAAUAACAACACAACUUCUUCGUCGGUAUCGCCUUUUAACCUAAGCUUCUUUCCAAAUACCAAUGGUAACAACACAAUGCAUGAUCAAUUCAACAACAUAAGUGAAUCUCAUCAUCAUCAACAUCAUGAAGGUUUUUCUUCACUCUUUGGUAAUUCAUCAAUGCAACAACAAGAGAACAUGUUGUCUUCGCCACACAUGUCGGCAACUGCAUUGCUUCAAAAAGCUGCUCAAAUUGGUUCAACAACAACAACUAUCAACAAUAACAAUGGUGUAGAAUCUGAUGAACAACAUCAACAUCUACAUGGAUUGAUGAACUCUCUUGGGAAUGGAAACACUUCAAUAUAUGAUAACAAUAACCUUGGUCAGUUUCACAAUGUUGAGGAUGAGAAUAAAAAGAUGUCAUCGUCACAACAAAGUCUAGUUGGUAAUUUGUGCUUUGGAGGAUCAGAUAAAUUGACUUUGGAUUUUCUUGGUGUUGGAGGAAUGGUGAGAAAUAUGAAUACUACAAGUGGUGGAGGAUUUUCACAAAGAGAACAGCAACUACACUCCAUGAGUGCAAUGAACAACAUGGAUCCUAAAUUGGAAUCAACACAAGGAAAUCAACCUUUUUGAAGAUCAACAAUGGAAAAAGCUGUUGGGUGAUGAUAUAAAUUAAAUAGGAAGCAAAAAAAAAAGUUUAUCAACAUUUUACAUGUUCUAGUUUAUGACCUCAAAAACAAUGCCCUAGUUUUAAACUUUUUUUUUUUUUUACUUUUCUUUUGUAAUUGACAAUUGGUAUUUUAGUUUAUGAAUUCUAAAAUGUGCAAUGUAUGUGCCAUCAAGACAUGAAAAACCUUCGAGCUCAA